AUGGUGUAUGAUGAUGCCAAUAAGAAGUGGGUCCCAGCAGGCGGCUCCACGGGCUUCAGCAGAGUCCACAUCUACCACCACACAGGCAACAACGCCUUCCGUGUAGUGGGGCGCAAGAUCCAGGAUCAUCAGGUGGUGAUAAACUGUGCCAUUCCCAAGGGGCUGAAGUACAACCAGGCCACACAGACCUUCCACCAGUGGCGUGAUGCCCGCCAGGUCUACGGUCUAAACUUUGGCAGUAAGGAGGACGCUAACGUGUUUGCCAGUGCCAUGAUGCACGCUCUGGAGGUUCUCAACUCCCAGGACACAGGUCCCACAUUGCCCAGACAGGGCCCCCAGGUUCAGAAUGGCCCCACACAAGAAGAGAUGGACCUGCAGAGAAGGCAGCUCCAGGAACUGCAGAAGCAGAAGGAGAUGGAACGGGAGCGUCUGGAACGAGAGCGCCUGGAGCGAGAGCUGCAGGAACGUGAGCGACAGGAGCGAGAACGUCAGGAACAGGAGCGUCAGGAGAGGGAGGCACAGGCGGAGAGGGAGCGACUGGAGCGAGAACGCCAGGAGCAGCAGGAGCACACUGAGCGUGAGCUGAUGGAGAGGGAGAAGGCGGAGAGAGAGCGGCUUGAGAGGGAGCAGCAGGAGCAGUUGGACAGAGAGCAGCAGGACUGGGAGAGAGGGAGACGCAUCUCCAACGCUGCCUUCGAAAGCACCCUGUACAGUCCCACGCCUCAGGAGUACGGCAGGACGUCCUCCACCCCCGCAUCUCCAUCCACACCCACCUACCCAACCCCCGGGACACUGUCACCCUCCUCCACAACACCCCCAACCCCACCUCUUAGGCACUCUGCGUCCCGAUUCGCCACCUCACUCAGUUCCGCUUUCCACCCGGUCCUCCCUCACUACGCCACAGUACCGAGGCGACAGCAGGCUCUUCCCCAAGCCUCGCCUCCUGCUCCUGCUCCCACCCCCAACCCAGCCCCUCCGCCUCCACCCAAGUCAGUGGUGUGGUCCGCGUCCAACUUCACUCCCUUGCCACCCUCGCCCCCCGUCAUGAUAAGCAGCCCUCCAGGGAAGGCUACAGGGCCACGUCCGCUCAUCCCCAUCGCAGCACCUUCCCCUCUCACCCAGAAGCCCCCAUCGCCAUCCCCGAACGGGCCGCCCAUGUUCCCCGCACCUUCCCCGGUCACCAUCCCGCACAGCCACACCCUGAUCGGCAUCUCUUGCCCCACCCCGCCUCCCCCGCCCACCCCGCCCCCUCUCCCAUCCCCCGUGGCUCCCCCUCCGUCCUCCUCCUCCACCUCCGUCUCGUCUCCCCCCUCCUCAUCCCAUGCUCCUGGUGUGCCCUCUCCCUCCACAGCGCUCCCUGCUGCCGCAGCCGCCACCUCCGCCUCUGCUGAGCACCUCUCCCUCCCUGUGGGCCUGGGCCUGUCAGGUUUGAUCUUCAUUCUCCUUCCCUGUGUCUUUGCCCAUCCCCCCCCACUCUCACCCCCAACUCCUCCAACAGACAUGGCGCAGACAGCGGCCACCCCUACCCCUCCCCCACCUCCACCCCUGCCACCCAGCUCCACUGUGACCUCGGCGGCCGCCACCCCGGCCGUCACCCCCACCGGCCUGGCCGUCCACCCUCCCCCUCCCCCUCCACCACCCCUGCCUCCCACACUGACCCAAGGCGGGACCCCCCCUCCUCCUCCACCCGGCCCUCCUCCUCCUCCCGGAGCCCCACCCCCUCCCCCUGCGCCUCCCCUUCCCAUCGGCCUCUUCUCUCCUACUGAGGACCGCCCCAUCUCAGGCCUGGCCGCCGCCCUUGCUGGAGCCAAGCUGCGCAAAGUGCCAAGGAGUGAUGAUGCAGGGGCAGCUCUGGCAGCAGCCUUGUCGGGGGCUGCAGGGGCCAAAACGGAGACCAGAGGCAACGGCCCUCUGCCUGGAGGAGGAGGGCUUAUGGAGGAGAUGAGUGCUCUAUUGGCCAGGAGGAGAAGAAUUGCAGAGAAGGGCUCAUCACCUGAACCCGACCAGAGAUCAGAGGAGGGUGAUAUAAACACGACCCCUAAAGUGUCAGCCUGUAGCACACCAGACAUGCCCAGGAAGCCAUGGGAAAGAACAAACACAAUGAACGGUAGCAAAUCUCCAGUUAUCGGAAGACCGAAAUCCACUCCAACACCUACUGCAUCCUUAAGUGCCAACGGUGUGCCAACAGAAACUAUUGACUAUGACAGAUUGAAACAGGACAUUCUGGAUGAGAUGAGAAAGGAGCUGUCAAAGCUAAAAGAAGAGCUCAUUGAUGCAAUCAGGGAGGAGCUGGGCAAGUCCAGCACGGCAUAGAGGUUCCAAAGUUCCUGUUCACAACAUCUACACCCACGUGAGCCCGACAGACAA